AUGAGCAAUAGCAAUGCUUACCGGAUCCCGCUCCUGAAGGAAGACAAUUGGCUCCCAUGGAAGCGCCGCGUCGAGGCCAUCCUUAAUGAUAAGGGUCUCCAGGAGUAUGUGACCGGAAAGACACUGAAGCCGCAGCCGAGUAAUGACCCGGCCAAUAGGGCAGCGAGAGAGGCGGAGAUUAGCGCCUGGGGAGAGAAGGACCUCAAGGCCCAGAACGUAAUUGUGCUAUCGCUGGGAGAUUCCCAGAUGGUGCACAUCGCUGGAGCCAAGACGGCAUGGGCCAUGUGGGAGCAGCUUCGCACAGUCAAGGAACAGCGUGGACAGCAUGGAAUUCUCGCGCUGUGCUGGCGUUUUUACCGGAUGCAAGCCAAGGAAGAAGAUAAUAUCUCCAGUCACAUUACACAGCUACGACAGAUCCAGGAACAACUCCACCUAAUGAGGAAGGUUGUUUCUGAUGAGGAUUUCCGGCUCAUUCUGGCUACCUCAUUACUGGAGAGCUGGGACUCUUUCCUCAGCUCUUACUUUGGUGCCGAAGGUGCUGACAACGUGCACCCUCAGCUUACAUCACAAGAAUUGAUUGCCAUCAUUCUUGAUGAAAAUAGGCGAAGGCACGAGCGUGGCGAGCGCGGUCAAUCCUCGGACCAAGCCAUGGUUGCCAAAGGAAAGAAGCGCCCCUUUGGGGAAUACAAAAAAUGUUCGAUCUGCGGAAAGCCGAGACAUCUUGGUAAUGAGUGUCGGCACCGCGACAAGGUCAAAUGUAUGAAUUGCGGAAAAUUCGGGCAUAAGGCCACGGAUUGUUGGGCUAAAGGCGGCGGCAAAGCCGGACAGGGCCCGCCGAUGAAACAGCAAAAGACGGAAUGUGCUUACGAAGCGCACGAGGUCGAAUCGAAAGAGGAUGAGGCAAAAAUAGCCUACGAUAAUGAUAGCGACACUGUAUCUCUCGGAUCUGAUGGCAAAAUCGCUUCUUUCUAUGAGUGGUUUGCCGACUCCGGGACAACUUCGCACAUUACAAAUCGUCGUGAAGUCUUCACGACCUAUCAGGCGCUCGAAGAUCACGCGAUCACGGGCAUCGGACCACAACCAAUGCAGGCAUUGGGCCGCAGUACGGUCGAUGUCAAAAGUGAAGUAGGAGACCGGAAAGUGAAAUUCCGUCUCCACGGUGUACUGUAUGCGCUGACAGCACCCAAUAGCCUCCUCUCCAUCACGCAUUUGGACGAUGCGGGAGGAAGAGUACUUAUGGGUAAUAGUCGCGCAAUACUAAUAGAUAAAAAUAAACACACUCUUGCUAUAGGCAAGAAAAAUGGACGACUAUAUUCAUUGAAAUUGCGUCCAAUAGUUCCGCAACCUGCGCGAACCUAUACUGCUAAGGAAUAUGGCCCGCAUACCUGGAAAGAGUGGCACAAGAUCUAUGGCCAUAUCGGGAAACCAGCGCUUAUGCGAUUAUAUCGCGAAGGGCUUGUUGAUGGCCUAGAAAUCUCGCCAAGCCCAGAUGAAAUUAAUUGUGAGGCGUGCAUCCAAGCAAAGGCGACGUGGAAGCCAUUUCCCAAAGAGACGGACGAAUGCAGCAAGGUACCCGAAGAAUUAACACACACAGAUGUGUGGGGACCUGCGCAGACAGCCGCUCUACAAGGGUGGAAAUAUUUUAUUACAUUUACCGAUGAUUACAGUCGUCGAAGUACAGUACUAUUUAUGAGGCAUAAAGAUGAAGUAACAGAAAAGGUAAAGAAUUAUAUUACCUAUAUUGAGCGCAAGUUUGGAAAUAAACCCUUGCGACUCAGGCUCGACAACGGUCGAGAAUAUAUGAACACCGAAUUAAUUAACUGGUGUCAAAUGAAAGGGAUUGAGAUGGGUCCGACUGCGCUGUACUCACCAUCCCAGAACGGAGUCUCUGAGAGAUUGAAUCGCACACUGCUUGGACUAGCGUGUGCGAUGAUCUAUGUGAGAGAUCUACCUUGUUAUCUUUGGGCUGAAGCGAUUGCUCACGCAGUCUAUAUUAAAAAUAGAUCGCCUACCCAGGCGUUAAAUGGGGCAACUCCCGAAGAAAAAUGGAAUGGGAUGAAACCAAAUAUCUCAUACCUACAAGAAUUUGGUUCCCUCAUAUGGGUCCUCACGGAAGAUGCAACACUAUCAAAGCUAGCGCCCUGUGCCAACAAGUAUAUUUUUGUUGGAUACAUGGAUGGACCCAAAGCCAUCAAAUAUUAUGAUGCGCACACGCGCCAGAUUAAAAUCUCGCAUAAUUUCCAAUUUUCUUCGAAUUCCCCGGACCAUUUGCCCGGCAACGUGCCUCACGUGCCACAAGAGCAAAUAGGAUCCGACGUACCUAUCCUCACAGCACAGCGUGAGAGGGAGCAAAAUAUAUUUCCGGGCACUUUACCGAGCAAUGCGUCAGAUGUGCCGCAUGCGGAAAGGAGACCCAAAGUCCCAAACCUCACAACGACCACAGAUGUGCAGCGUGAGGGGGAGUUAGGAACUUCCGCGCCACAGUCACCUGCCAAAAAUCCGCGAAAGCGCAGACAGGAUAAUGAUCCUGAUCAACGCGAGGAAAGCGGGAUGGACGCACCAAGUCAGCCCAGACGAACCAGAAGAAAGACAGUUUGGCAUGAUUACCGUCUAAUGCACAACCCAGAGGCAGACGAAGAUCUGGAUAAUGAUCCAGAUAAAUCAAAUGCCGAAUUAGUCUAUAUUGCGAUGAGCACCCACGAAAAUGCGGAUGCGGACGAGCCAAAGACGCUCAGUGAUGCCAAGAGAUCACUCGAGUGGCCCAAAUGGGAACAGGCAGUCCAGACGGAACUCAAUCAACUACAGGGUAUGGAGACUUGGGAGUUAGUGGAACCUCCCGAAGAUCGAAAACCCGUAGGAAAUAAAUGGGUUCUAGUUAAGAAAACAAACAAAGAGGGUGAAAUAAUCAAAUACAAAGCCCGCCUGGUUGCAAAGGGAUAUUCUCAAAUCCCAGGCAUAGACUAUACUGAGACGUUCGCGCCCGUAGUUCGCCUCGAAACCAUUCGAGCUAUCCUCGGGCUAGCUGCAAUCUUAGAUUGGGAGAUCGGACAGAUGGACGUGAAAGGUGCCUAUCUUAAUGGAACUCUCAAAGAAGAAGUGUAUAUGUGGCAACCCGAAGGAUACAGCAAUGGAACAUACCGUGUAUGUAAAUUAAAGAAAACCCUGGCCGAGAAUGGAAUAUCGUGCUGA